AUGGUUGCGUUUCAGCACGACUUCCCGCCGCCAACUUCGCUCGAAGAGCUGUUCCGAAGACAGGAUGAUGAAUCCUUCGGAGACCAGUGUGUCCAGUGUAACGGACCACCGAAAGACAUGUGCCAGAAGUGCACCAAGAAGGAGAGCUGUCAGGUCGUCAUUCGAACAUGCUCUACCUGUCCCUACCAGCACUGUGUGGCGAUUGAGGGCGCGAGCGACGGCGGUGUCAACCCCGGUGUCAUUGCUGGGCCCAUCAUCGGUGCAUUGGUGAUCGUCUCCAGUGUGUUGCUGUUUUGGUGGCUGAGGCGCAAGAAGAGACGCGACCUCGCACGUCUUGAGGACCUCGCCGAGCGCGCGCGCAAGGGCGAGUCGUCGGCGUUCCACAUCGCGACCGGAUCUUCGGGCCCGUCAUCACCCGUUACGUCGACGCGUCGGCAGUCGGCGCCCAUGAGCCAGACGUCGGGCGGAGGCGUUGCCGUUGCUGCUGCCGCAGCUGCCGGUGCCGGCGGCAAGGAAGCUCGCGAGGCGACGCGCCAGGCUGGCCCGCUUCCCAAUGUUCCCGCCGAUGCCGAGUACUACGACGCAAACGGGACGACCAUCCGUGUCUACGCGGGCAAGCGGGGCGUCAUCAACGCCGAUCCGAAUCACCCAGACAACGGUGGUUCCGGCGACCCCUUCGCGGAUUCGCGCUCCAUGUCCACCAACGGCGGCGACUCCAGCCACUCCACGAACGUCAUUCCCAUCCACUACGUCCCUGCUGGUCAGAUGGACGAGUCGCUUGCGCAGGUUCUCGCAAGCCACCGUGGCGGCAGCAACGAGCCUGCCGACCCGGCCGCUCAGCAGGCUGCAGCGGCUCGUACGCUCGAUCUCGCCCGUCAGAACCUCUGGCGACCGCGCCCUGGCCAGCCUGGCAUUGUCCCUCCGCCCCGCCCUGCCCGUUCACCCGACCUCGACCUUCGUCUCAACCCCGUGCGCCAGCCUUUGGGUGCGAUUGCCGAUGGUGGUUCUUCCGCUACCUCGAUCAACUCGCGCGACUCGAUUCACUCCAUGACUUCUGCCGCCCCUUCGUUCAUGUCUGGUCAAACUGCCGAUCUUCAUCUCGACGCGCCCAAGAUCAUCACGCGCCAGCAGGUGCACGUCGGCCGUCUCCAGGCUGCCGAGGUCGUGCAGUUUGGUGCUGGUGGCGUUCGCCCGAUCCCUGAGAACGACGCGGACACGGAUGAAUCGGGAACUUACGAAUCGGCUCCCGACCCCUUCACGAACCAGUCUGAGCUUCUCGACCCGCAGGCCGCAGGGGCUUCCCCUGGCGCUGGAUCCGCGACGACCUUUGGAGGCGGCAACGUUCACAGCGGUGGUCGCGCUGCGGCGAGCACGACGUCUCUCGGAUCUCGCCGCUUCGACGACGAUGGCAACACGACCGCACAGCCCAGCCCCACUGAUCUGCGCUUCUCCAUGGGAUCUCUCGCCUACGACCGUGCGUCCGUCUCCACGCACGGUUCGGGCAAGCACGGUCACUUCCUGUCGCCCAACGACCAGCCGCCCGUGCCGAGCAUUCCAUCAGAGUACGACCGCCCGCGUUUCCAGUCGAUCUCGUCGUUCAAGUCGACCGGCAGCGAUUCGCUCCUCGGCUCUUUCCCCAUCGUCCCUCCCGCACCGGGGCAGGCGACGCGGAUCCCCUCCACCGGUCUGCCGUUCAACUCGUCCACAGCCACGAUUGAGCAGACGGGCGACCACCAGCCGCACCGGACAGCGAGCCACCCGCCAGUAGCUGGCAGCAACCGGCGGCCAGUGACGGCGACAUCCUCGCAUAGCGUCGCUGACUCGUUCCUCGGACGCUUCCCCUUCGUCCCGCCGGGAGAGUCGCCGGACGCUGCAUCGGGCGGCGCCGCGCAGUCCUCGACGGAGCAGGCCGAGGGCGAGCGCAACCCCGGCCGUCUGACGCUGGGCAUGAGCAACGUCUCUGGGCUUGGAGACUUUGUCUUUAACUUUGACGGCCAGAACGCGCCCGAAGUGCCCCAGAUCCCGUCGCGCAACGCUACGCCGCCGCCGUCACAGACCGGCACGGAUGACCAGUCGACGCCGCGCGCGAACCGCUCCAGCUCAUAA